GGGAGCGCAGCGACAGGCAACGCUUGGGCGACGUCACCGGGCGCGCGCGGUUUAGACUCCAGCUCUUUAAAAACGGCGUGUAAACUGAGAUGCUACUACAGAGCGCAGAGCGCCAGCAGCGGCUUGGGCUACAGCAGCAGCCGCUCGGAAGGCCGCAUAGAGACAGACCCUCGCGAGCAACGCCAGCUGUUGCCUUCACACACACACACCCGCACCCACACGCCACCUCCAAGUGCAGGCUCCUGCAGCAGAGCGACGGCUUCUCCCCAAUUCAGAGCCGACGGCGCUUCUGAGCCCUGCCACCCUGUACAGCCGAGGGGAGGGAAUGACAACAGCUCUCUCCGCUUCUCGAAAAGCAACUCGGCAGUCUUCGUCGCAGGUCCCCGCGCUGCCUUGGCACCAUGGACACCUCCCCUGCUGCUGCUACUGCCGCUGCUACCCGCGCGCUGCUGCUUCUCGGCUUACUAGGGCUGAAUGCGGCGCCUUCGGUUCGUGGCGGCGGCGGCGGCCGCUUGGGGAGCUUGGCCGGGAAGCGCCAGAGGAGUUGCCCAGCCGUCUGUCACUGUGAGCCAGACGGGAUGCUCCAGAGGGUGGACUGCUCGGACCUAGGCCUCACAGGCGUGCCCGCGAACCUCAGUGUCUUCACCUCCUACCUUGAUCUCAGUAUGAACAACAUCUCUAAGCUGCCCUCAAACUCCCUGCACAGUCUCCGCUUCCUGGAAGAGCUACGUCUAGCAGGAAAUGGCUUGACACACAUCCCCAAAGGAGCUUUUGCUGGGCUUUUCAGUCUUAAAGUGCUAAUGCUACAGAACAAUCUGCUGAGACAAGUUCCCACUGAAGCACUCCAGAACCUCCACACUCUCCAGUCCCUGCGUCUGGAUGCUAACCAUAUCAGCUUCGUGCCCCCCAACUGUUUCAGCGGCUUGAUUUCACUCAGACACCUGUGGCUAGAUGACAACUCUAUGACAGAAAUUCCAGUUCAAGCUUUCAGGAGCUUGCCAGCUCUUCAGGCAAUGACGCUCGCACUGAACAAAAUACAUCACAUUCCAGAUUAUGCGUUUGGAAACCUCUCCAGUUUAGUAGUUCUACAUCUCCAUAACAAUAGAAUCUGCUCCCUGGGAACGAAAUGCUUUGAUGGUCUCCACAGCCUAGAGACUUUAGAUCUAAAUUACAACAAUCUGGAUGAAUUCCCCACCUCUGUCAAGGCACUCAGAAACCUAAAAGAACUGGGCUUUCAUAGUAAUAAUAUAAAGUCAAUACCUGAGCAGGCAUUUAUGGGCAAUCCUUCACUUAUAGCAAUACAUUUCUAUGACAAUCCUAUUCAGAUUGUGGGAAGGUCUGCUUUUCAGCACUUACCUGAACUCAGAACUUUGACAUUAAAUGGUGCUUCGCAGAUAACAGAGUUUCCUGAUCUGACCGGGACAAAAAGUCUGGAAAGUCUGACCAUUACAGGAGCCCAGAUCAUAUCUCUUCCAGAAACAAUCUGUGAUCAGCUCCCCAGCCUCCAAGUACUUGACCUCUCCUAUAAUCAGCUGAACAACUUACCUCAUUUUACUGAAUGUGACAAACUUCAGAAAAUCAACUUACACCACAAUGAAAUCUCUGAAAUACGAGCAGACACAUUUCAGCAGCUGGUGGCCCUGCGCUCACUGGAUUUAGCUUGGAAUAAAAUAUCGACCAUUCAUGCCAAUGCAUUCUCCUCUUUACUCUCCCUGAUUAAGUUGGAUCUGUCAUCCAACCUUUUGUCCUCUUUUCCUGUAACUGGCCUAUAUGGUUUAACUCAUCUAAAAUUAACAGGAAAUCAUGCACUACAAAGUUUGAUAUCAUCUGAAAACUUUCCAGAACUCAAGGUGAUAGAAAUGCCUUAUGCUUACCAGUGUUGUGCAUUUGGAGCUUGUGACAGUUACUACAAAAUCCAAAGCCAGUGGAACAAAUAUGAGAACAGCAGUGCUGAUGUAUUUCAAAGGAAAGAUGCUGGUAUUUUCCAUACACAAGAUGACCAUGACUUUGAAGAUUUUCUUCUUGACUUUGAUGAAGAUUUGAAAGCUCAUCAUUCAGUUCAGUGCUCUCCCUCUCCAGGACCCUUCAAGCCAUGCAGCUACCUGUUUGGCAGUUGGCUGAUCAGAUUAGGAGUUUGGACCAUUGUAGUUUUGGCCUUCCUUUGCAAUACAUUGGUGAUUGCAACAAUCUUCAAAUCCCCACUGUUCAUCUCCUCAGUAAAAUUGUUAAUUGGACUAAUAGCGGUUGUGAACACACUCAUGGGUGUGUCUAGCAGUGUGCUUGCCGGUGUGGAUGCAUUAACCUUUGGUGUCUUUGCUCAUUAUGGUGCGUGGUGGGAAGGUGGAGUUGGCUGCCACAUUGUUGGCCUUCUCUCCAUCUUUGCUUCAGAGGCUUCUAUUUUCUUGCUUACCCUGGCAGCUCUUGAACGUGGAUUCCCUGUGAGACAUGCCACAAAGUUUGAGACAAAACCUAACCUUGCUAGUAUGAGAAUAGCUAUUUUCUUUUGCUUUCUGUUGGCUUUAAUCAUUGCAGUGAUUCCAAUAUUUGGUGGGAUCGAGUAUGGGGUUUCUCCCCUCUGCACACCUUUGCCUUUUGGCAAGCCAACUGCUGUGGGUUACAUGGUAGCCCUAGUCCUGUUGAACUCUCUGUGUUUUCUUGUAAUGACAGUAGCCUAUACAAAACUCUACUGCAGCUUGGAUAAGGGAGAACUGGACAAUAUUUGGGACUGUUCUAUGGUAAAGCAUAUAGCUUUUUUGCUUUUUACUAACUGUAUUCUCUAUUGUCCUGUGGCCAUUUUAUCAUUUUCCUCCUUGUUAAACCUUACUUUUAUCAGCUCAGAAGUAAUUAAACCAAUACUCCUUGUGAUUGUACCCCUACCUGCAUGCCUAAACCCACUUCUAUACAUACUUUUCAAUCCUCAUUUCAAGGAAGAUCUGGGAAGUCUUCGAAAGCAAACCUUUGCAUGGAAAGCAUCCAAGCAUGCCAGUCUGGUCUCUGUUAAUUCAGAGGAUGCAGAGAAACAAUCAUGUGAUUCAACACAGGCUUUAGUAACCUUUGCAAGCACCAAAAUAUCAUAUGAUGUUCCUGCCAAUAGUUCACUGGUGCCACCAUCUUAUCAAAUAAAAGAAAACUGUAAUCUUUCAUCAGUAACAUUUGUUCCAUGCCAUUAGCUUCAUCUCACAGGUACCUAUGUUUACAAAGUUGUCAAUCUGAGAUUAAGUGAAUGUGUAGGUAUUUGUUAUACAGAGAGAGAGAAAGAUUUGUCUGUUCUUAUUACACAUCAAAAAUGUUUGUUGGACAAUGAAAAUUGGCAUCCUGAAACUCCAAAUACCAUCUCAACCUGUUUACAAAAAAAAACCUUGAAUCAACUACCAUUUAAAUGAAGGAAACAUCUAAAAAAAAACUCUUGUGUUUCCAGUAUUGGCUCAGGUGAUUGCAAUAGACAUAACUGACUGAGGUGAGAUCCAAAGAAAGAGGGCUUUUUUGAAUUACCAUAGCAAAACUCCCACUAAGCUCAUUUAAACAAAAAACAGGAAACAGAUUAAUAUAUUAGGCAGAGCUAUCUCACCUAAUAAAUGCUGUAGGUGUGUAAGAGUGUGGCUGUCUCAGUUGCACAAAGUAUUUAAACUGGAGCCACCUAAAAUGUGCUUGUCUAAAUGCAGAAGACAGGAAUAAUGUUAUCUGGAUAUACUUAACUUCUUUAAGGAGUACGUGAAGAUAUCCUUUACAAAUGGUCCCUGAUGCGUGCUCAGAUUUAUAUUGGGAAAUCUAUUGACGUUAGUCAAAAAUACUUGGAAGAGCCACUUGGGACGGUGAGCAGAGAGAGACCUGAAUUAUUUUCAGUUUUAUGCUGCAUCAGUUUACUCAGCUGACUUGUGCAUCUUUGGGAAAGAAAAUGAACAAAUGCAGAAACUAUGCCCAAAAGAGCCGUCUGCUUGAUUAUCAUAUUCCUUUAAUUUGUCGGCUUUUGAAGCAAUGCAGCAUGAAGCUGGAGAAUGAUUCCUAAAACCACUUUGGAUUAAAUAAGAGAUCAUCUGACCAUUGCACAAUAGUUCUUACCAUGUUUAUUUAGCUUUAUUUUUAUUGUGGUUCUGUUAGGGAGUGCUGCUUAAUGUCAGUGAAAUUGUCCCUCAUAUACUGUACUAUACUAACUUUUGUACACAACUUUGAGAAGUAAAAGAAUAAGUCCGAAGACUGGCUCAAGGUAGAUUCUUUUAUACAAAUAUUUUUAAAGAUUAGAUAAACUCCAAAAUAAGAGGCUACUAUGCAUAUUAUUUUUAUAAGCAUGUUCAAACACUUUGAUUCAGAUAUUUUAACUUGGAAAUUUCAGAGAAGCUUUUUUAUAUAAAAUACAAUUUGUAAAUAUAGAGCUGUAUUUAUUAUUACAGUAAAAUCAUACUAAAAGAUGAAAAUAUGCCAUGUACAGUUUCAUACUGAUAUCUGCUAUAUUUCUAUUUUCUUCUCAUAUAUUUGACUAAAUUCACUAUCUGUAUAUAAUAUAUGUAAAUGUGUAGUGAUUGUAAAUAGAUGAUGUGCUUCCUUUUCUACUGGUGUUCAUAUAUUUGGAAUUUGUAAUAAAAUCUGCACCUAAGCAGUAA